UGUGUGCCACCGUUACGGAGACACCUGAUUGACGUCGAAUUUUCCUCGAUCAUUCAAUCAACAAAGUUCAAUAAUCAAUAACGACACCAAAGUACCAUAAACAUGCGUUUGUUCCACGUGAUUUGUAUCACUGCAGUUGUAUGUUGUGCAUCGGCAUCACAAGACUUCCUCGCCAAAUCCUUCAACGAGUGCAUCGGAGCUGAGUCCUGGGCCUCGUGUAUGAAGCACGAGGUGCUUAGCUAUCUUGAUGUCAAAUUGGGCACAAGCACAGAAGCUCGCUCAUUGGAGACCAUUGACGAAGCGCUUGUCGUGAGGUGUGUCAAGUACCUGAAGAGCUUCGAUUAUGGCGUUAAUUUGCCAUUUGUCGAUGCUAAACUCAAGUACAGACCGAGCCGCAGUCUCGCAGAUCUUGAUUUUGAGUUCAAGAACAGCGAGGCAGCCACUGGCCAGGCGAGAGGACUCCUGAAGAAGAAGCUGCUGCUGCCGUUUCUGGUGCUUUUGAAAUUAAAGCUGAAAGCACUGAUGCCGAUAUUCGUGGCUCUCAUUGGAUUGAAAGCCAUGAAGGCUCUGAUCCUGUCGAAACUCGCGCUGCUUGUGGUCGUGGGAUUUGUUGCCCUCCAGUUCUUCAAGAAGGGUGGAAUGGCCCCUCCCAUGGGAAUGUCGAUGGAACCUGCUCCUGUCAGUGCUUACGGCGCACCUCCAGUGCCAACAACCACUUCUGGAUAUGAACCCAUUAAUACCUGGGAUGGGAAUGGCCCUUACUCUAGGGUCUGGACUCCCUCAGAUGCCCAGAAUCUCGCCUAUAAUUAUUAUUCAUCCAACAGCGCAAGUGGAAGCUCAUCCAAUUCGUAUGGUGCACCCGCAGCUCCAUCGUCAUCGUCAUCAAGUAGCUCAGGGUCGUAAUUCUGUGGAGCAGAAUCGGCUCGGCCAAAGAUACGCACGCCAAAUAAUUUCAGAUAAAUUAUUCAAAACACUCGACGCAUCCGAGCGAGCGAAAUAUCUGGAAUCGAUUUCACUAUUUUUUUUUUAUGAAGAUUCAUCCGGGUGACUUAAGCUAUUGUACAGUUCAAUGUCUUCCCUCUGUUGAUUGAGGUACCAUCAUUAUUUGUAUUUAUUGAGUAAUUAUGAAUUAAUUGGACUUCGGCUCAGUCUAUUCCU